GAAAUCUAUUGUGGGGUUAUUGAUCUUGUUUCUCAAGAGAUGGAUAGUCGUUUUUCAGAAGGAAACACGGAGUUACUUCUUUGCAUCGCCUCUCUUGAUCCCAGAAAUUCAUUUUCAAGUUUCGAUCAUGAUAAACUUCUACAACUAGCCCAAUUUUAUCCACAAGAUUUCUCUGAAAUGGACCAGGUUUUAUUAACAAAUCAGCUGGAUAAUUUUAUUUAUGAUGUGAGAAAUGAUAAUAGCUUCUCUAAGCUUCAAAAUAUUGCAGAGCUGGCUAUUAAAAUGGUCGGAACACAUAGAAAUACAGCUUAUCCUUUGGUUUACCGCCUCAUUGAGCUAGCCUUGAUUUUACCUGUCGCGACAGCUACUGUUGAAAGAGUGUUUUCAGCAAUACUUAAGACUUAUUUGCGUAACAGGAUGGGGGAUGAGUGGUUGAACGAUAGCAUGGUGGUUUAUAUCGAGAAGGCCAUAUUUAAAGACAUAGAAGAUGAAGUUAUCUUGCAACGCUAUCAAAGUAUGCAGAAUCGAAGAAUUCAGUUGUCUUCCAUUCCUUCCUCCAAAAAAGGCGGUAAAAAUGUCACUGGUUAACCAAUAAAGGUAUGCAUAUUUACUUUUAUUUUUUUUGCUGAAAUUUUAAUGAUAGUUUAGCCCGGGGUCAAUAUUAAUCCUGGUUCCGCC